UUCAACUUUCAACAAGAGAGGGAGAGAGAAACUGCAUGGUUACUUGAUUUUCAAUUUUUCCCACUGCAAAGCAAAGAAAACAAUCACACCACCGAUUUUUUCAUUCUUCACAGCAAACCAAAACCUACACAUUUCCUUCUCAACAUCUUCUUCUCCGAAGAGAAUCAAUCAAAACAAGGUCAGUAGAUAUCAACGAUAAUCUGAUCGGAAGAAAGCGGCAAUGGCAGCGGCGCUGGCGGGGGACGAUCUAGCUCGGUCGACGAGUUCGGCUCGGAGCUGGCGGCAGCAGAGCAUACGAGACGUGUGGCAGGGGCCGCCGGACGUGUUCAUGCGUAGCAGCACGCGGCGGCAGGCGGAGGACGACGAGGAGGAGCUGCGGUGGGCGGCUAUCGAGCGCCUCCCGACGUACGACCGCCUCCGCAAGGGUGUGCUGCAGCAGGUGGUCAGCAAUGGCAGGAUCGUCCACUCCGAGGUGGAUGUGGCCAAUUUGGGGUCGCAGGAUAAGAAGCAGCUCAUGGAGAGCAUUCUCAGAGUUGUGGAGGAUGACAACGAGAAGUUCCUCCAGAGGCUCAGGAACAGAACUGAUAGGGUUGGGAUCGAGAUCCCGAAGAUUGAGGUGAGGUUUCAGAAUCUGUCUAUUGAGGGAGAUGCGUAUGUUGGAACCAGAGCGCUUCCUACUCUCCUCAACUCAACCAUCAAUACACUGGAGGCUACUUUGGGGAUGAUUGGGCUCUCUCCAUCGAAGAAGAGGGUGGUUCAGAUCCUUCGAAAUGUUAGUGGAGUUGUGAGACCAUCAAGGAUGACCCUUCUUCUCGGACCACCGGGUUCUGGGAAAACUACAUUGCUAAAAGCACUAGCAGGAAAGCCUGAUGAUGAUAUGAAGGUGACUGGAAAGAUCACCUACUGUGGCCAUGAAUUUCAUGAGUUCAUUCCUCAAAGAACCUGUGCUUAUAUCAGCCAGCAUGAUCUUCACCAUGGUGAGAUGACUGUUCGCGAGACAUUGGAUUUCUCCGGUAGGUGUUUGGGAGUCGGGACGAGGUAUGAAAUGCUUGUGGAGUUGUCAAGAAGAGAGAAAGAAGCUGGAAUCAAACCUGAUCCUGAGAUUGAUGCCUUCAUGAAGGCCACAGCCUUAGUGGGGCAAGAAACUAGUUUGAUCACGGAUUAUGUGCUCAAGAUUCUUGGAUUGGAUAUUUGUGCUGAUAUUAUGGUUGGAGAUGACAUGAGGAGAGGAAUUUCUGGUGGGCAGAAGAAGCGUGUCACAACCGGGGAAAUGUUGGUUGGACCAGCAAAAGCGUUCUUCAUGGAUGAAAUUUCAACAGGGCUAGAUAGUUCCACAACCUUCCAGAUUGUGAAGUUCAUGAGGCAGAUGGUUCACAUCAAUGACAUAACCAUGGUCAUCUCUCUACUGCAGCCGGCUCCAGAGACCUUCGAUCUUUUUGAUGACGUGAUCCUCCUCUCUGAUGGUGAGAUCGUCUACCAGGGCCCUCGUGAGAGUGUGCUUGAGUUCUUUGAAUUUAUGGGGUUCAGAUGCCCGGAGAGAAAGGGAGUUGCAGACUUUCUGCAAGAAGUGACCUCAAAGAAGGAUCAAGAACAGUAUUGGUGUCGCAAGAAUCAGCCUUACAGCUACGUCUCAGUGCCCGAUUUUGCACAGGCUUUCAACUCUUUUCACAUAGGGCAGCAGCUUAAUGAAGAUUUGAGGGUUCCAUAUGACAAGUCCAGAGCUCAUCCAGCUGCUUUGGUGAAGGAGAGGUUUGGAAUCUCAAGCAUGGAGCUUUUCCGGGCUUGUUUUGAUAGGGAGUGGCUGCUGAUGAAACGUAGCUCUUUUAUUUACAUCUUUAAGACCACACAGAUCACUAUUAUGGCAACAAUUGCUUUGACAGUUUUCCUCAGAACUGAGAUGAAGACGGGUCGAGUCGAGGAUGCUGCUAAGUUUUGGGGAGCGUUGUUCUUCAGUCUUAUCAAUGUUAUGUUCAAUGGAAUGCAGGAGCUAGCAAUGACUGUUUUUAGGCUUCCUGUGUUUUUCAAGCAGAGGGAUAGUUUGUUCUACCCGGCAUGGGCCUUCGCGUUGCCUAUUUGGGUGCUUCGUAUUCCUAUCUCUGUCGUGGAGUCUGCAUUGUGGAUCAUUUUCACUUACUACACCAUUGGAUUUGCACCUUCUCCUGUUAGGUUUUUCAAACAGCUCUUGGCCUUCAUUGGGGUGCAUCAGAUGGCCCUCUCUCUCUUCCGUUUCAUUGCUGCAGUUGGAAGAACUCAAGUCGUUGCGAACACAUUUGGAACCUUCGCCUUGCUGUUGGUGUUUGUGUUGGGAGGCUUUGUCGUUGCCAAGGAUGAUAUCCAAGACUGGAUGAUAUGGGGUUACUACGUCUCUCCUAUGAUGUACGGACAAAACGCCAUUGCCAUCAAUGAGUUCCUCUCAGAGAGAUGGAGUGCUGUUGCACCUGCCAAUUCAUCUGAACCCACUGUAGGAAAGACCCUUCUCAAGGAAAGAGGUUUGUUCACAACGGAGUCGUGGUACUGGAUCUGCAUCAUUGCUCUCUUCACCUUCUCUCUGCUGUUCAACGUCCUCUUCGUUGCUGCAUUGACAUACUUGAACCCUCUGGGCGAUAACAAGGCCAUCAUCAACGAUGACAAUGAGGAGAGCAUGAAAAAGAAGAGAGUGACAGAAAUGACUGCAAGGAAUAAUAAUAAUAAUGGGAUUGUGGAGUCAAGCAAUGAACCAAGAAGAGGGAUGGUGUUGCCUUUUGAGCCUCUCUCUCUUACUUUCAACCAUGUCAAUUACUAUGUUGAUAUGCCUGCUGCAAUGAAGACACAAGGUGUUGAAGAGGAAAGACUGCAAUUGCUGAGAGAUGUGAGUGGAGCAUUCAGGCCCGGUGUUCUAACAGCGUUGGUCGGAGUUAGUGGUGCAGGAAAAACGACGUUAAUGGAUGUCUUGGCUGGUAGAAAGACGGGAGGCUACAUCGAAGGACCCAUAACCGUCUCCGGCUUCCCCAAGAACCAGGAAACGUUUGCACGAGUGAGUGGCUACUGUGAGCAGAACGACAUCCACUCUCCCUACGUCACUGUCUACGAGUCACUCCUCUACUCUGCUUGGCUGCGUCUGGCUGCUGAUGUCGACACAGAAACGCGAAAGAUGUUUGUUGAGGAGGUGAUGGACUUGGUUGAGCUGAACCCCCUGAGGAAUGCUCUUGUUGGGCUCCCCGGAGUCGAUGGUCUCUCAACAGAACAGAGGAAGAGGCUCACUAUUGCUGUUGAAUUGGUGGCUAAUCCUUCCAUAAUCUUCAUGGAUGAACCAACUUCUGGGCUCGAUGCUCGAGCAGCUGCUAUCGUGAUGAGGACAGUGAGGAACACAGUGGACACAGGCAGAACAGUCGUGUGCACAAUUCACCAGCCUAGCAUUGACAUUUUUGAAGCUUUUGAUGAGCUUCUGUUGAUGAAACGAGGAGGACAAGUCAUCUAUGGAGGACCUCUUGGUCGCCAUUCCCACAAGCUCGUUGAAUACUUUGAGGCUAUACCUGGUGUUCCCAAAAUCAAAGAGGGAUACAAUCCGGCUACAUGGAUGUUGGAGGUCAGCUCAUCUGCGGUUGAAGGCCAAAUGGAUGUCGACUUUGCUGAAAUCUAUGCCAACUCUGCUCUUUACCGGAACAACCAAGAGCUGAUCAAGGAACUGAGUGCACCAGCACCGGGGGCGAAGGACCUAUACUUCCCCACGCAGUAUUCUCAAUCAUUCUUGACACAAUGCAAGGCUUGCUUUUGGAAGCAGCACUGGUCUUACUGGAGAAACUCUCAGUACAAUGCUAUUCGUUUUUUCACCACUGUGAUCAUCGGUGUGAUGUUUGGCGUUAUCUUUUGGCAGAAAGGGAAUCAGAGUAAAAUAAAAGGGCAACAGGACUUGAUGAAUCUGCUGGGAGCUACAUAUUCUGCAGUUCUUUUCUUGGGUGCCGCCAAUGCUUCUGCCGUUCAAUCUGUAGUAGCAAUUGAGAGAACAGUCUUCUACCGCGAGAGGGCUGCAGGGAUGUACUCAGAGCUACCAUACGCGUUCGCUCAGGUGGCGAUAGAGACGGUGUACGUGGCGAUUCAGACAUUGGCUUACUCUCUGCUUCUCUACUCCAUGAUCGGAUAUGAAUGGACCGGAGAGAAAUUCUUCUACUUCUACUACUUCAUCUUCAUGUGCUUCACCUACUUCUCUAUGUACGGAAUGAUGGUUGUUGCAUUGACCCCUGGCUACCAAAUUGCUGCCAUUGUCAUGUCCUUCUUCCUCAGCUUUUGGAACUUGUUCUCCGGCUUCCUCGUCCCUCGUCCGGUGAGUACUCUAAAUUCUCACAAACAACGCACAAAAUCAUUAACACACAGCAUAAUAAUGCUAACGAAAACAUGUUUCUUGCAGCUUAUCCCAAUCUGGUGGAGGUGGUACUACUGGGCAUCACCUGUCGCAUGGACAAUCUACGGUGUUUUCGUGUCCCAGAUGGGAGAUGUGACGAGUCCCCUUGAGACGUCCGGCAACAUAAGUGAAGUUUCAGUGAAGGACUUUCUUAAAGAUUACCUGGGAUAUGAUCAUGACUUCCUCCCUGCAGUUGUGGCUGCUCACGUUGGUUGGGUGCUCCUCUUCUUCUUCGUGUUCGCCUAUGGAAUCAAGUACCUUAACUUCCAGAGGAGAUAGAAGCAUUUUUCGAAGAAUGUUUGCAGAUUAUAAGGUUUAUUUGUCAUAGGCUAAGUGUGUAUACUGUGUAGGCUGUUUUGCUAGACUACCUCCAUUUUUAUCCAUUUCUGUUUUCUCUCAUAUUACAACUCUCUAACUACUCUAUUUUUUUUUUGUAUUUAUUGUUUUAAAGUUGUAUAACUAUUCAAUCAAUAAAGUCAUUCUUGUACAUC